AGAGAUUGAGGCAAUUUUAUACAACGCCUUGCUGACAAUUUAUUGCCGAAAUAGAUUUUCUUAAGUGUGCCAUCGCGAUGGCUGCUCCAGCAGCCUGUACGCGUUUUUCGGACAAUUACGACAUCAAAGAAGAGCUAGGAAAGGGUGCCUUCUCAAUAGUAAAAAGAUGUGUCCAAAAAUCAACUGGAUUUGAAUUUGCUGCAAAGAUUAUAAAUACCAAAAAGUUGACAGCAAGAGAUUUUCAAAAACUAGAACGUGAAGCUAGGAUCUGCCGAAAAUUACACCAUCCAAAUAUUGUGAGAUUGCAUGACAGUAUCCAGGAGGAGAACUAUCAUUAUCUUGUUUUUGAUCUUGUAACUGGUGGUGAACUUUUCGAAGACAUUGUUGCACGCGAAUUUUAUUCAGAGGCUGAUGCAUCACAUUGUAUUCAACAAAUAUUGGAAUCGGUCAAUCACUGUCACCAAAACGGUGUGGUGCAUCGAGAUCUGAAACCUGAGAAUUUACUAUUAGCUAGUAAGGCAAAGGGUGCAGCUGUGAAACUCGCUGACUUUGGUCUAGCCAUUGAAGUUCAAGGCGACCAUCAGGCCUGGUUUGGAUUUGCUGGCACACCGGGUUACCUAUCGCCGGAGGUAUUAAAAAAGGAGCCCUACGGAAAAUCGGUAGAUAUAUGGGCAUGUGGAGUAAUUCUUUACAUACUGUUGGUGGGCUAUCCACCAUUUUGGGAUGAAGACCAACAUAGAUUAUACUCCCAGAUAAAAGCAGGAGCCUACGAUUAUCCCUCGCCAGAAUGGGAUACAGUAACACCAGAAGCAAAAAAUUUAAUUAAUCAAAUGCUAACUGUGAAUCCAAAUAAACGAAUAACCGCAUCCGAGGCUCUGAAGCACCCAUGGAUUUGUCAAAGGGAACGUGUGGCAUCUGUUGUGCAUCGUCAAGAAACCGUGGACUGUCUCAAGAAAUUUAAUGCACGUCGCAAGCUUAAAGGAGCUAUACUUACGACAAUGCUGGCUACUAGAAAUUUUUCUAGCAGAAGCAUGAUAACCAAAAAGGGUGACGGAUCUCAAGUCAAGGAAUCAACUGACUCCUCUAGCACCACCCUUGAAGACGACGACAUAAAGGAAGAUAAAAAAGGAAUCGUUGAUCGCAGUACCACAGUCAUAUCGAAAGAGCCCGAAGAAAUAAGGAUAGUGUGUCCUGCUAAAACUUGCCAGCAAAUUUCUGGAAACUCACAGUGCUCCUCAGCAGCUAGACGACAAGAGAUAAUAAAGAUCACUGAACAGCUGAUUGAAGCAAUAAAUAGUGGUGACUUUGAUGGAUACACUAAGAUUUGUGACCCUCAUCUAACUGCCUUCGAGCCAGAAGCAUUAGGUAACCUAGUCGAAGGAAUUGAUUUCCACAAAUUUUACUUUGAAAACGUUCUUGGUAAGAAUUGUAAAGCCAUUAACACAACAAUAUUGAAUCCCCAUGUACACUUAUUGGGUGAAGAGGCCGCUUGCAUCGCAUACGUCAGGCUAACACAGUACAUUGAUAAACAAGGACAUGCUCAUACCCAUCAGUCAGAGGAGACGCGCGUCUGGCAUAAACGCGAUAACAAAUGGCAAAAUGUUCACUUUCACCGAAGCGCAUCAGGAAAAAUAAGUGGAGCUACUACAUUCGAUUUUAUACCACAGAAAUAAGUUGCAUCAAUAUGGAUUGCAUUCAUCUCACCAAAGAUAAAAAGUCUAGUUGUGCAGUUCAAGCAGUUGAAUGUGCUACAUUCAUUUGCAGUUGACACAAAAAUGGUGUCUUACAUAUACAAAAGUUUAUUGUAAAGUUGAUAAUUUGUCUAAAUUAUAUUUAAUAUUUAUUUUAUGUUUAUAUUUAUAUUCUUAUAAAUACAAUCUAAGUCGAAGAAAAGUGAAAGUCCAAGUCAAGGCUUAUAAAUUCCACAGAAAGUUAAAGAUUAAACAUAAAAAACAGUAUAUAAUGAAAACUACGUUUCGUAGCCAACAUAUCUGUGGGAGUAAAAUAUGUAACUGGAGAACAUCAUGUUUGUAAAUCUUAAUGUGGGAAUGUGUUUCUAGAAUGGCCUGGUUUGCCUAUGCAAAGUCGUACUGACCAUCAGAGACUUUGGCAAAAAACAAAAAAAAAUACGAAAACUAUAAAAACCUAAUAAAUCUUUACUUACUCUUCUAAAAAUGCCUGCAAACAUUGUUAAUGUAUGUAUCUGAAUACUUAUAAUCAUUUGUUUAUCUGCAUAAGCACUUAAUUAUUCACGUUCGUAAAAUACAUAAACACAAAUAUAUAGCAUACAUAAGUAUGAUUAUAUGUAAUCGCAAAUAAAUGUGUGAAUAAACCAAAAAUUAAUAACACAA